AUGGAUGGUUUUUCUCAUCAUGAACCAGGUGUUACUCAUGUCUUAGUUACUGGAGGGGCUGGGUCUAUUGGUUCACAUGCUGCAUUAAGACUUCUAAAGGACUCAUAUCGUGUGACUAUAGUGGACAACCUCUCACAGGGAAACCUAGGUGCUAUAAAAAUCUUACAAGCACUAUUUCCAGAGCCCGGAAGGCUUCAGUUUAUAUAUGCCGACCUUGGAGAUGCAAAAGCGGUGCAUGAGAUAUUUUCUCAGAAUGCAUUUGAUGCUGUGAUGCAUUUUGCAGCCGUAGCAUAUGUUGGUGAGAGUACCCUUGAUCCACUAAAGUAUUACCAUAACAUCACAUCAAAUACCCUUGUUGUGUUAGAGGCUAUGGCAGCACACCGAGUCCCUACUUUGAUUUAUUCGAGUACAUGUGCUACAUAUGGAGAGCCUGAAACGAUGCCCAUUACAGAAGAAACACCACAGCUCCCAAUCAACCCAUAUGGGAAAGCUAAGAAAAUGGCUGAGGAUAUUAUUCUUGAUUUUCAUAAAAAUUCAAAGAUGGCUAUUGGAAUGAAGGAAAGAUUACAAUAUAAAUACAGAUGUUAG